AUGGGUGGCGGAGGAGGGACCCUGCAGAGAGGAGAGGCCGGUUACAGCCAGCUUAGCCCUGCAGAGACUCCCGCCAAGGGGGAGGUAGCCCGGGAGAGAGGGGGCCACUGGCUGGCCCGUACCUGCGCCUCUGGGCCAGGUGACCUCCGCGAAGGGUCAGCGACACCUCUCGACCUGACUCCUCCCAAACCACAGCCAGCGGCGCCUGCGGCCCCGACCCCAUUGCAUGCCACCAGCGUCCAGCCUCCGCCCCCAGCCCGGUUCCACUGCACUCAAGCCAGGCCUCAGCCACUCCCCAAGCCCGCCACCCAGGCCCGCCGCUCCAGCCGGUUGCUCAGGAUCCAAUUCUCGGCCUGA